AAUGCACCUUUUUAUUUUGUAUUGCUGAUAUGACACCAUCAAACUGAAUCCUUGUUUAAAUCGCAGUUUCCAUAUCAUAUGUUUGAAGAUGGACGCUCUCGGGCUGCAAUUUCACACAGACGAUUCUUUGAAGGACUGUGUCCGACGAAUGUACGAAAAUCAUCUCGAUACCGGUGACGUCAUAUUCAGAGUCGGUAAAGAUGGCAGUGAAGUGAGGGUUCACAGGUUUAUGCUGAUGUGCCGAAGCAAAGUAUUUUUCUCAAUGUUCACAGGACAAGGCACCCCUGGAAAACCCUUAAGGAUACCUAACAUCAGAAGGGCUGCAUUUUUACAGUUUGUGGAAUUUCUAUAUACCGACUACACUCACGUGACUGCGGAGAACUUUGGUGAUCUCUUUUGCUGCGCCAAGAAAUACAAAAUCGAUUUCUUGUCUAUUCUUUGUAAAAAUUCCUUAAAGAAUUUUAUCAGGACGGACAUCGUUUGCCAAAUGAUGGAAUUCGCUAAGCUUUACGAUGACCCAGACCUCGUUGAUAUAUGCUUGAAAGCAGUAGAAAUUCACAUGCCUUCUUUUCUGUAUUCGGAAAUGUUUUUGAAAAUGUGCACCUCAUGUAUCUAUGAAAUAACACAACAAGAAAAUAUCCUCGCUCCUGAAGAAGUCAUUUUUGCACGAGUUUUGAUAUGGUCUGAAGAAGAGUGCAUACGACAAGAAUUACCAGUCACGGCCGAAAACCAAAGAAAUGUCUUAGGAGACAUCCUGUACGAGAUCCGCUUUCCCCUAAUGGAUCACCAGUAUCUGGAAGAUGUCGUCUGUGGAUCGAAACUUCUGAAUGAUGGAGAGAAGGUAGAUAUCUUACGACAACAGUUGAAAUCGAAGAAAAGAAACCCAGGGAGGUUCAAGAUCCAUAAAAGAAUAUGGCAGCCAACAGAAGUGAUGACAAGCCAAUUUUACCCCACCAGAACAAUGUAUACUAACGAUUAUGUUCAAACAGGCCUCGGGUAUUCUCUAGGAUUUGGAGUAUCCUCACCUGCCGUUUUACUCGGAAUAUAUCUCAAUAUCGGGAGUUGCGCUGAUGUCCAAGCUCAAAACUAUGACGUGAUUGCUUCCAUCACGCCUUUGGAAUUGUUAGGUGACGAUACCACCGAUACAAUGAAGGAUUUCUCCACACCGCUCAGUGAAGUGAAAGAAAAUCGCAUCGAACUAUAUCCCCGAUUCUUCAUUCCGCUUAAGAAGGGUGUACAAUACACCGUUUCUGUUCGCUUUGAUCUUAAACCAGCUUCCAUGUUCUGCGGAUUGAAUACUAGUAUCAUGUUUAAAGAAAUGAAGCAGCAGCUGUCAACAUCUGUGUCAUUUAACGGGAAAACUUUAUCAGUGUGUGGAUGGCCUACUUCUCAGCUCAUUAGAGGACUGUGGAUGGCUUAGUGCCUAGAACAUAUUGAAUUAUAGUCACAAAAGUUACAGUUUUCAGAAUUUGAGUUAAUAAGUUGUUGUCUUCGUUGUCGAUAUUCACUACUAGGAUUAGUACAUAAAACAUAUAAUGGAACAAAUAUGAUGUAGUGCUACAAAGGUUUAUAUGUAAUAACAGCAGGCUUCAAAUAUUAAUCCACUUGUUUUUGUAUAUUACAUAAGAUCAAUCCAUGAUAUUUUACACAAAUCAGAUCAUAUUCACUUGUAAUUAUAUAUUAGAUAAGGUAAAUCCAGAUGUGUUUGCACUACAUAAGGUUAAUCCACCUGUGACUGUACAGUGAAUAAGGUCAAUAUGUUUGUAUACUGUGAUGGAUAAAUCCACUUGACAACCUG